AUGGGGAAAACACAAGAUAACGUGGUUGGCCUUAUAUUGGCUGUCUCUUCCAGCGUCUUCAUUGGUUCAAGCUUUAUAGUUAAAAAAAUGGGUCUUAAAAAGGCUGCCAACAACGGCAAAAGAGCAGCCACGGGAGGCCAUUCCUAUCUCUACGAACCCUUUUGGUGGUUCGGAAUGAUUUCAAUGAUCGCUGGGGAAAUAGCCAAUUUCGCCGCUUACGCUUUCGCUCCAGCAAUCCUUGUAACUCCUUUGGGAGCUCUAAGCAUCAUUUUCAGUUCAGUGCUAGCUCACUUCAUAUUGAAAGAGAGACUGCACAUUUUUGGCGUGCUUGGGUGUGCCCUGUGUGUGGUGGGAUCUACGACUAUUGUUUUGCAUGCACCAAAGGAGAAAGACAUUCAUUCUGUGAAGGAAGUGUGGCACCUUGCUACAGAACCAGGUUUUCUCGUGUACAUUUGCAUUGUUGCGGUAGUAGUUUUCGUCCUUAUUUUCCGAUUUGUGCGAACCCAUGGGCAGAGUCAUAUGUUGGUAUAUAUUGGAAUAUGUUCUCUCACCGGUUCCAUUACGGUUAUGGGUGUGAAAGCAGUUGGAAUUGCUUUGAAGCUUACAUUUGAAGGCUUGAAUCAGUUUAUUUACUUUGAGACCUGGCUAUUUACAGUGGUUGUAGUAGGAUGUUGCCUUACGCAGAUUAACUACUUGAACAAGGCUUUGGACACCUUUAACACUGCUGUGGUAUCACCAGUUUACUACGUCAUGUUCACAUCAUUUACAAUAAUCGCCAGCGUUAUCAUGUUUAAGGAAUGGGCGAAGCAGGAUGCAUCGCAGAUUGCUACAGAGAUGUGUGGGUUUGUGACAAUUUUAUCAGGGACCUUCCUCCUCCACAGAACUAAGGAUAUGGGAAGUAAACCCUCGGAAGCCACCAUUUAUUCAAGUCCAGAUCUACUAAAUCAUCCUGAUAAUACCAAGACACCUCAAACCGACCAAAUUUGA